AAAGCACUUGCUUUGCUCCACAAUCUUUCAUUCAGUCCUAAAUGGAAUGUCUUCGUCAGAUAUCUUCCUUCAAAGCUCAGGGAUCUAUGGAGAAGAGAAGACAGAAAGUUCGUAAGAACUGGAGGUGGUGGAUGACUUCAAGAGACAGUAGCAUGCAUCUUCACCAGGACUGAUGGAAACAGGAACUCACAGGGAUAAAUAUACAAGAACUUCUCCGUGGUAUCCUGCACAGUAGUGGUUGAAGGAGGGGUGGAGAGAUUCUAUGCCGAGGAAGAACUUUGACAGAAUAAAGCCUCGUGACACCGCCCCCACGUGGCGGCAGGAGGCGGUUAUCAUCGUCUGCAGGAGGGGAGGGGCAGCAAGCGCCCUCUCUGGCUCCUUCCUGACAGCAUGAAGACCUGUGCUGUGGAACCAGCGACAAGGAAAGCAAACUCCAUGGCCCUCACACUUUAGAAGAAGCAGGUCCUCCUGACCUUAAAUCAUCAGAAGAAAGGACAAGAUAAGACAGAUAUUUCAACUGUCAAAUCAACACUUCCAGCCAUGGCUUGGUUCCAGAUGAUGCUGUUUGUCUUUGGGUUGUUGCUGCUGCAAUCACCACUCACAGAAGGAAAGGAUCCAGACUUUGCCUCUUUGUUAACCAAUCAACUACAAGUUCAAAGAGAGAUCGUAAAUAAGCACAAUGAACUGAGGAGAGCAGUUAACCCUCCUGGCAGCAACAUACUAAAGAUGGAAUGGAGCAUACAAGCAACAACAAAUGCUCAAAAGUGGGCGAAUAAGUGUACUUUAGAACACAGUAGUAAAGAUGACCGGAAAAUCAAUAUAAAAUGUGGUGAGAAUCUCUAUAUGUCAAGUGAUCCUACCCUCUGGUCAACCGUAAUUCAAAGCUGGUACGAAGAAAGUGAAGAUUUUGUUUAUGGUGUAGGAGCUAAACCCAAUGCAGCUGUCGGACAUUACACUCAGCUUGUUUGGUAUUCAUCUUUCAAAAUUGGAUGUGGAAUUGCUUACUGUCCCAACCAAGAAAACCUGAAAUACUUCUAUGUUUGCCAUUACUGUCCUAUGGGUAACAACGUGAUGAAAAAGGGCACCCCUUAUCAACAAGGGACAGCUUGUGCUAGUUGUCCCAAUAACUGUGAAAAUGGACUGUGCACCAAUAGCUGUGACUUUGAAGAUUUACUUAGUAACUGUGAAUCCUUGAAGACUUCAGCAGGCUGUAAACACGAGCUGCUCAAGGCAAAGUGCGAAGCUACUUGUCUGUGUGAAGACAAAAUUCAUUAACAUGUCCAGUGUGUAGCAUGACAGACUACAUGAGAAAGGGGUACAGACUUAGUUGAGACAUGAUGGGGAAGACCUAUAGGAGAUUAGUGACCAGUCGCAUCCCAAAGGACAAGGCUUCUUUCCUUCCUGGAUAUAUACAUAAAUCUCUUUCAGAACAGUCAUUAAAAAAAAGGUGUCAUUUAGGAUGACAACUGUGGGUUUGGACCAACUUUACUGCUUUAAAUGUAGUGAAUUGAAUCAAGUGGAGAAUUUUGAAAGUUGUACCAUAAGAGGUCAUUCACCUCUAGAACUUUGACAAAAGAAGAGAGAACUGUUUGUGUCCUAAACCAACCUGCAAUGGAAGAAUGGGCUGUAGUUACAUCACCAUCAACCUACUUCAUAGUGCCUACCAGGAUGAAGCUUGACAUCUAUAUUUGUCUUACGUCUUCUUACUUAAACACAAAUAAUCAUCUUUUUCAAUAAAGAAUUCAAGCUACCAUAUAUAUGUGACUUUCAUGUAAUGUUUUUAUAGUAUGUUGUUUCAAUGGCUAAGAACUAAGCCCAGACCAAUAAUGAUACAUAGAAAAUUCUGUGAAAUUGGAUAUCUUAACUUAAAUUGAAACAGAAACUAUCAGUUAUAUCUUGAUUUUAUUUUAUGGCCAUCGAAAUAAUCACCAUAUAGAGGAUGUAGCUCAAGAUAAUAUAAGCCUAGUCAUCUGAUAAAACAAUUAGCCCUACCAGACUUGAGCUGCUGAACAUAAUUAACCUCCCGACUGGCUUCCUGAGCAAUAUUUUGAAAUACUACAUGUUAGAAAACUGUUUAUAACAUAUGUAACAGUGGUUAGAUUUAGAUGAAACUUGGAGAGAUUGCAGAAAAUAAGUAUGUUGCCUUGAAUGCCAAUAUUCAGUUUUUGUGUCUGUUUUAUCAAUGUUCACAUUCUGCUCAUCUACCACUCCAAGAAAUUUAGGUCCCUCACUUGACCAGUAAUCCCAAUAACUCGGUU